GGGGCAAAUUUUGACCAAGGUUUUGUGCAGGCCAAGCUUUAACCUUGCCCCCACCAACUCUGAAUAAUCUUCUAAUGGUUCUUCUUGAAUAAUCUGUUUUCUAAGUUGGUGUUGCAAAACCCUCACUGGUCACGCUUCGAGGAGCUCGGUACUAUGGUUCGUCCCUAGAGUCUCUGCGUGCGCAUUGUAAGGAGGCACUCUCUUCAAAAAUUUCGGAUAAGCUCUCCCUACUAUAUUUGUCUGCCUAAACCCCCAAAACUCGACCCCCUUUCCACUCCACUAAUAGCGGCCACAGCCCCUUGGCGGCCACCACAGCUGGCCAUGGCCUCAAUUUCAAUGGACAUAGCCGCAACUUUGGCGGGACUCGCAAGGCGACCGGCAAGCCAUUUCCUUGUAGCUCGAACUAGGAGUUUUCCCCUUUCAUGGAGGCCCAAAAUUCAGCCGAGUUUUCAAACAUCUGCAAUUCGUCCGAGAAUUAGAGUCGUGGCCGAGUUCUCGAAGCUCUCGCGGAGAAGAGGGGCUCGGAGGUUUAUGGUGGCUGCCACGGCGACGGCGGAGAGUGAGACUUCGGACGUCGCCACUAGCAUUCCUCCGGAUAAUCGGGUUCCAGCUACUAUAAUUACCGGGUUCUUGGGCUCUGGGAAGACAACAUUACUCAAUCAUAUUUUGACUGCGGAUCAUGGAAAGCGUAUAGCAGUGAUCGAGAAUGAGUAUGGUGAAGUAGACAUUGAUGGUUCUCUUGUUGCUGCGAAAAAUACUGGAGUGGAGGACAUAGUUAUGCUCAACAAUGGUUGUCUUUGUUGCACAGUGAGGGGUGAUCUAGUAAGGAUGAUUUCAGAACUGGUAAAUAAAAAGAAAGGGAAAUUUGAUCAUAUUGUAAUAGAGACCACAGGAUUGGCAAACCCAGCGCCAAUUAUUCAGACAUUUUAUGCUGAGGAUAAUGUAUUCAAUGAUGUCAAAUUGGAUGGUGUUGUCACUUUGGUUGAUGCUAAACAUGCUCGAUUCCACUUGGAUGCGAUUAAACAAAAUGGAACAGCCAAUGAGGCUGUGGAGCAAAUUGCUUAUGCUGACCGUAUUAUAGUGAACAAGACUGACCUUGUUAGCGAGCCAGAAAUUGCUUCUUUGGUCCAGCAGAUAAAGAACAUAAAUCAGAUGGCUUAUCUAAAGCGGACAGAGUUUGGAAAAGUGGACUUGGAUUAUGUACUUGGUAUUGGAGGCUUCGAUUUGGAGAGGAUUGAGAGUGCUAUCCAUGCUGAACACGACCAUGACCACCACCACCAUCAUCAUGAACAUGACCACAAGCAUGAGCAUCAUAAUGAUCACCACUCCCACAAUCACUUGCACAAUCCUGAAAUUUCUUCGGUUAGUAUAGUUUGUGAAGGGAGCUUAGAUCUUGAGAAGGCUAACACCUGGCUUGGGACGCUGUUACUGGAACACAGCGAGGAUAUAUAUCGGAUGAAAGGAAUCCUAUGCGUUGAGGGUAUGAAUGAGAGAUUUGUCUUUCAGGGAGUUCAUGAUAUAUUCCAAGGUUCACCUGAUCGGUUAUGGGGCCCAGACGAACCAAGAAUAAACAAGAUUGUGUUCAUAGGGAAGAACCUGAAAGCAGAGGAAUUAGACAAGGGCUUCAAGGCCUGUUUAUUGUGAAUAUAGUGGGAAAAUUUACGCUGACACUUACAUAUACUGUAGUUGUUCGCUUAUUCAGUCCUUGGGGUUGAAUGACUCUAUGGUGAUGCUGAUGUAUAACAAUAUAUACACAAUGGAGUUUACAGAAACCAUUUAUACUAGCUAGAAAAACCCACAAUUUUGAUGAUAA